ACUUAGGAGUCUGGGGAAAUCUGCAGGGUGUUAUAAAAUGCCAGAUGGAAGAAGUUGCUCAACUUGACUUUGGUACUGACCCAGAACCAAGGAAGGAAAUAGUCCUGUUUGAUAAACCAACAAGAGGAACCACUGUUGAGAAAUUCAAAGAAAUGGUAUAUGGUCUUUUUAAAGCAAAAUUGGGUGAACAAGGAAAUCUUUCAGAACUGGUUAAUCUCAUCCUAUCUUUUGCUGAUGGAAACAAAGAUGGUAGAGUUUCUUUGCCAGAGGCAAAAUCUGCAUGGGCACUUCUGCAGCUAGAUGAGUUUUUGUUAAUGGUGAUCUUGCAGGAUAAAGAACAUACUCCCAAGUUGAUGGGUUUUUGUGGGGAUCUCUAUGUGACUGAAAGAGUUGAAUAUACCUCCCUCUAUGGAAUCAGCCUUCCAUGGAUUAUAGAACUUUUCAUUCCCUCUGGCUUCAGAAGAAGCAUGGACCAAUGGUUCACUCCAUCAUGGCCAAGAAAGGCAAAAAUAGCUAUAGGACUUCUAGAAUUUGUGGAGGAUAUUUUCCACGGACCUUAUGGAAACUUUCUUAUGUGUGAUACAAGUGCCAAAAACUUGGGAUACAAUGAUAAGUAUGAUUUGAAAAUGAUGGACAUGAGAAGAAUUGUGCCAGAAAUUAAUUUAAAGGAAAUAAUUAAAGAUCGUCAGUGUGAGUCAGAUUUGGACUGUAUUUAUGGUACAGACUGUAGAACUCUAUGUGACCAAAGCAAAAUGAGAUGUACCACAAAAGUAAUUCAGCCAAACUUGGCAAAAGCCUGUCAGCUACUGAAAGACUAUCUGCUUCGUGGUGCUCCUUCCGACAUCCACGAAGAACUAGAAAAACAGCUGUACUUGUGUAUUGCCCUUAAGGUCACAGCAAAUCAGAUGGAAAUGGAGCAUUCUUUAAUACUCAAUAACUUAAAAACUUUACUGUGGAAGAAAAUUUCCCAUACAAAUGACUCUUAGCUUCACCACCAGCAGAAGAUAAUACUGAUGCCUGCCACUAGAGGUGGCCUACAGCAUUUGAUAAAAACGAUCUGCAGCGUUUUUUAAAGACGUUUCUUUACUCAGAUUUCAUGAACAGUGCUCUAACUCCUUGCCCUUCAGUCGGUACCUUUGUGACAGGGCUUCUCAAAGAAUGAACGUGCCACUGAAUGAUCGGGCAGAGGCCAGAAGCACUUCUGGUGUUCCAGUGCUGUGUUACGGAAACAAACCCUGCAUGCUUGACUGUUUCUGUGCACUUUGUCAGACCUUGAACAGGAUGAAAGUAUUCACUGUGCCACCACAUCAACUGAUGGAACAUCUUAAGAGUCUGUGAAGAUCAUUGCUCACUUGUGAAAUAUCUGCAACAGAUUUUUAUCUGAAGUAGUUUUAAGAAGAACCAUUACUGCAAAUAUUGCGUCUGAGUCCAAGCUGCUUUUGUGAAUAAACUGAACUGUGAGAUAGAGGUUUCCUAAUACCUUGGCAUGGCAGAAUUUGCACAUUAAUAAUUUUUAAACUGUGGAAAAUUUUGACUUUUAUUCUUGAACUGACAGGUUGUAAUAUUGAGACUUAAAUCAUUCUGUUUACACCUUGUUACCUCAUGCUUACAUCUUGAAUGUUUAAGUAGUUCAACACUUUUUAAGUCCUUAUAGAGUGAACGAUGUUGGGAGCCAAGACUUUUAGAAUGUUAUUCCUUAAAAUCAUGCAUAUACACUAGCAGCAAUAUCACCAUCUCUUUCAAGAACUGUAGAUUAUCAUACUUCACUUGAAACCUUUAACCCAAAUUAAGCUGUAGCAAAAAUUGAGACGUAAGGAGUUUGUGGAUUGAGCUAUUUCAUGAGAACAGAAGCAAAUUAAUGUUUAAAACUGAUAGCAGAAGUGUCCUAACAGUUAAAAAAUGAACCUUGUAUAGUGAGGGAACCUGCUGUAUGACAUGUGAAACAAGUAAUAGUUGCAGAUCAAGUCUUGACUCUGCUGUUCCUCCAAAUUUAGCUGCAGAUGAAAUCCUCUUGAAUUAUUACUGUAAGUAUGCAAGCUCGAGCUGAACUGUAGGACAGAAGCAGGAUUGUUCAGGAUCAUGGAAUAUUGCUUACAUGGGAGCCUAGGAGAUAGUAACAGCUAGCAAUGACAUGGGACGUAACACGCUACUGCUCACUUAGUGUUUUUUUUCUAGUGGCAUCUACGAGUCAUUAAGUCCCAAGUCAUGAGUAAAUAAACACCAUCUGAUCCUGGCACUCCACAGGGUAUGACCACUGUUACCACCUCUACCUGCAUCCCUGUUGUUCCUCAGAUUUACAUCUAUGUUCACAAUUAUGCAGAAUUGGAUGUCCAUAAAACACCUUAGUACUGUCCUCAAUACUUACCUGUUAAUGUAUAAAUUAUACAUUAAUACAUUAAUGACUUUAAUGGCAGUCAUCUGUAUAUGUCUCUACUGGCCCCUUAAUUCAUUUUCAGCAUAGGAAAAAAUAAGCUUUAUUUAAAUAUUUGAAAGGUUGGUAAGUGCUUUAAGUGUGCUCUACUGAAUGCCUUCCUUGAAUGGCUAAACUGAAGAACAGGACCAACAUAGAGUCAUUUCUCCGUACCAUAUGUAAUAGUACAUAGCUUGGGUUAAGAGCAUACUGUUUUGUAAACAUCAGCUUUUUAGUUUAAGAAUUACUAUGCUAAUGCGAUCUGUUGUCUCUAACUUGAUCAUGUCUUCCCACCACAAGCUAGUAAGUAUUUGUAGCCAGCAAUGCACUCAGAUGUAAAGUGGUCAUGUCCUUGGUGGAAAAAUCUUGACUGUAACUGCUACUAGAUUUUGGGCAGAGAAGGUUAUUGAAUCCAAAAAGAUGUUGGGUAUUUUAAACACCUGGAGAACAUGUUUAAUAGUGCAGUUUGUACAGAACCUUCAUUUUUAUUCCUGUUGCAUCAACUUUGAGCUUUCAUUGGAUUCCCGCCCCCGUUUGUUUACAAUAAAUCACAGGCCUUUCUCUUUCAA